UCUGUACCUAUGGCUGGAGGAAACUGGACGAGAUUUAGUGAGUUUAUCCUGAUGAGCUUCUCUUCUCUGCCACCGGAAAUACAGUCGUUACUCUUUCUGUUAUUUCUGAUUAUCUACCUCGUCACCCUAACAGGAAACAGCCUUAUCAUUCUGGUUACGUUGGCUGACCCCAUGCUGCAUAGUCCUAUGUAUUUCUUUCUCAGGAACUUAUCCUUUUUGGAGAUUGGAUUCAACUUAGUCAUUGUGCCAAAGAUGCUAGGAACUCUGCUUGCCCAAGACAAAACUAUCUCUUUUAUUGGCUGUGCCACUCAGAUGUAUUUUUUCUUUUUCUUUGGAGUGGCUGAAUGUGUGCUCCUUGCCACCAUGGCAUAUGACCGCUAUGUAGCCAUCUGCAAUCCUUUGCACUACCCUGUCAUCAUGAACCAAAGGACACGUGUCAAAUUGGCUGUUGCCUCCUGGUUUCCAGGUUUCCCUGUAGCUACUGUACAGACUACAUGGCUUUUUAGCUUUCCAUUCUGUGGCACCAAUAAGGUAAACCACUUCUUCUGUGACAGCCCACCUGUGCUGAAGCUGGUGUGUGCAGAUACAGCACUGUUUGAGAUCUAUGCAAUUGUUGGGACCAUUCUGGUUGUCAUGAUACCCUGCCUGCUAAUUCUAUGUUCCUACACUCGCAUUGCUGCUGCCAUUCUCAAGAUUCCAUCAGCUAAGGGGAAACAUAAAGCUUUCUCUACUUGUUCUUCCCACCUCCUUGUUGUCUCCCUUUUCUAUGUAUCUUCAAGCCUCACCUACUUUAGGCCUAAGUCUAAUAAUUCUCCAGAGAGCAAGAAGAUGCUUUCAUUGUCUUACACUGUUGUGACUCCAAUGCUGAAUCCUAUCAUCUAUAGCUUGAGAAAUAAUGAGGUGAAAAAUGCCCUUGUCAGGACUUUCCGCAAGGCGUUUGGUCUUAAAACCUAUAUCCCAUAA